GGGCUGCCUCUGAGGGGGUAAAAUGUGCUGCGAAAAGUGGAGCCGCGUCGCCGAAAUGUUUCUCUUCUUUGAAGACCUGGAGGAGGAUUAUAAGAUCCGCUGCCUCUGCACCAGGGCAUUUGUGGAGUAAGAACGUGUUUCUCCUUAUUACUAGGAUCGAAUAUUGUGCAAUUUGGGAUUAAAAGGCUACUAUGUCAAAGGCAAUAGCAAUAAUGCAGGUAAUGUAAUACUGUAUUCAUUUGUCUGUAAUUUGUUAUAGUGUUGUAUUAAUUUCUUAGCAUAAAAUAUGAAAAGUGAGAAGUGAUCCUGUAAUCAUAGACCAUCUUCAUUCUCUAUUAUACCAUGGUUCUAGAAUCCCUGUUAAAGUAAAUCUUGUAUUUUCCUGUAGCUAUUGGAUGGACUUGAUGUAGCCUGUUUUUUCUGUGUAGUAUUUCUUCUUGAGUUGUUGCCAUUAGAUAAGAGCAACUUGGAAUUUGAAGUUUGGAAAGUUGGGAAUGUAUGGUUUCUUCAUCAAAGUUUUGUUAUAUAGGUAAAUGAUUCAGGAUAAAUUCCAAGUAAACCUCAAAAGCUUUCUGCAUGAAGUAAAGGGUUAACUUUCCCAGUUAACAAAUAGAAUUUGGUCUGUACAUUAAGCCUAACCUAAUUAACAAAACCUUCUUUUCUCUCUUAGACUUCCCUACCAGGACUCCAUUUGUCCUUUCCACAUAGAUCUUUUAAUAAGGUUGACAAAAGUAAAGCAUGUCUUGGUUACCCUUGAAAAUCUUUUAACUUAAACACAAGGCCGCCCACAGAACAUAAGAAAAUAAGCGUACCGUGAAGGAAACAUAAAAGUUAGCUGGUUCAUUUUCCCCACUUUGCUCUUUUCCUGAGCUUUCAUAAGUUUAUUGAAUGGAAUGAUGGGUAGAAUCUCCUUCAUUAUUUAAAUGGUAUCUUUUUGCCUCUCUCAUUUAGGAACCUCUUUAGUAGAAUUUGUGCACAUGAGAUUCCUUUUUUAUUAGUCUCCAUUUUUCCUUUGGAAGACUCCCUGUUCUGUUGCCUGUGAUCAUUGAGCUGCAAUCUUUAAGAUAGUUUGAGUAUGCUAAUAUGCAAAAUAGCUAUUAUCUCACAUUUUAAACAGAGCAUUUGAAUGGCAUUUGUCUGAUUAGUGGUAUGAUUUAUUAGAUAAUCCUAUUAAGAUAAAGUAAAACUUAUUAUAAUAAAAUAGUUUUACUGUAAAAACUAGAUAGAAUCAAACAGUUUGAAAUGAUCUUCCAGUUCAGUGAAUUUCAAACUUUUAAUACCAGAGCCCCUUCAUUAAAUCAACUCUUACACAGAAUCCCAGUAUCUAAAUCCCAUUUGUGACUGAAAUAUCUGAGAGGCUUGAUGAUAUAUCACUUACCUUUCUUUAAUGUAAAGUGACUACAUAAGUCAUAAUUUUAAAUCCACUGAUCUAGUCCAGUAAUUUUGCAGGUACAGAAUCUGAAAAUUUAAGUGUGUUUCCCAUGGUUACACUACCUUUGGAACAGAGACCUUGUCUACCCUUUUCCCUCUUGUGUCCUCAGUACUUUGCAUAGCACUUGACGCAGAACAAAUGCUCAAUAAAUAUAAGUUGAAUGGGCAGCUGGAUGGAUAGAAGACAGGCAAAGCUGGAACUAGAAGUUGUUUCUUGAUUCUUAGUUGGCUAUUUUUGUUACUAGCGCUCUUUACCCUUACGUCCUUUUUUUCCCUCAUCUUAAAAAUCAUAGCAUUUGUUUACUUCUACUUUGGGAGAGUCAUGUGAUCACUCUGGGUCUCAGGUUCUACUUCUUUAAAAUGAGGACAAUAAAACGUGCCUCUAAAUUUUCUUUAAGCUAACAUGCUGUCUAUAGGAGACCAGACUACAGAAGAGGAGGGAGGUGAUCUUUCCCGUGGCAGUGCAGAAACACAUGGCAGCAAAGAUAUAGUCCUAGAUGAAAGUGAACUUGAUUCUGAGGCUGAACUCAUGAGAAGCAUGGGACUGCCACUUCAAUUUGGUGGAACAUCUAUGCAUAAGAAUUUUGAGGUGUCUAUGAAUGCUAAAAAUAAAGUUAAGAGAAAAAAGAAAAAACAUCAGAAGAAGUACUUAGAUGAAAUUAUGAGAGAAUCUUGGAGAGAAGAAUAUGACGAAGACGACAUUUUGGCUUCAGAAGGUCCGUCUUCAGUUGAACAGUAUGAGAACACCAGAACAUGUAAAAUUCAAAGCGGAAAAGACGUUGAAACUGAAAAUCUUCCUGUUGAAAAUACGUUAUCUCUAAAACUAGAAAUUACAGAGAAAUGGGAAAAGUAUUGGAAUGAAUAUGGAGGAGGGCUAUUAUGGCAAAGCUGGCAAGAAAAACAUACAGGUCAAACACUAUCUUCUGAACCUUGGAACUUUCCUGACACAAAGGAAGAAUGGGAGCAACAUUACAGUCAACUCUAUUGGUAUUAUUUGGAACAAUUUCAGUAUUGGGAAGCUCAGGGUUGGACUUUUGAUGCUUCACAAAGCUGUGAUACAGAUACUUGUGAAUCUCAAACAGAAGUUGACAGCAACAGUGAUGAAAAUUGUGUGAAAGUGGACUUAAUUUCUUUUCCAUCUUCAUCUGUUACAAUUAGUAAUAAAAGCUCUAGUUCAAGUGAUAAAGAUCAUAAUGAAAUACUUGAUAGAAUUUGUAAUAUAAUUCUGAAUUCAGAGGAAGUAGAACAAAACCAGUUAGAGUCUUCUGAAAAUCACGAUGGCCUUCAAGAGCUAAGUGAAGUUAGCAGCAGAAGAGAAUGCCCCGCUUCUGGCCAAAGUGAACCAUGUGAUGGAGGAACCAAGAAAAGCAACAUGACUAGGACUAGAAACACAAAUCCUCCAGCUCAGGAUUCACAGGAAUCUUCAGGAGCAAACACAAGCAAAGAAAGACCACAUACCAAUGAUAUUGAUGGAGAUGAGAGUGAAGAAGAUCCACCUGAAUGUAAACCAACUAAACUCAAGAGGAGCCAUGAACUGGACAUCGAUGAAAACCCACAUUCAGACUUUGAUGAAAAUGGUUGUCUUCUAGGAUUCAAGCAUGGCUCAGGACAAAAAUAUGGUGGGAUUUCAAGUAUCAGUCAUCGACGGGUCAAGUAUCUAGAGAAGAAUAUGAAGCGUAAGUCAAAGUUCCUGGACCUGCGAAGACGAAUAGAUACGAAGAACAAACAAAUCUUUACCGAAGAAUCAGAAAAACAAUUUUGCAAGAAAAGCAAAACUUUGAGUAAGGUAGAGAAAUUCUUAAAAUGGGUUAAUGAACAAAUGGAUGAGGAAACAUCGAAGGAGUCAUUUUCUCACAAUGAUACGCAAGACACUUGCACAAGUAGUGGUUCAGAGGAACAAGUGUCUGUUACACAAGGUGAUAGCCCAUUUGAGACUAGUAAUCGAGAACCUGACAAGUGUCAUACCGUAUAUUCACCUGGUGAAUUUGAAACAGAAAAAAAUGGAGACAGUGUAGUAGCAACUGUGACAGAAGAGCAGGAGAAACCAGACUCUCUUCAAGUAGAAAAUGAAGCUGAAACAAAGAAGAAGAAGAAGAAAAACAAGAACAAAAAGGUGAAUAGCCUGCCUCCUGAGAUAGCUGCUGUUCCUGAGCUGGCAAAAUACUGGGCCCAGAGGUACAGGCUCUUCUCCCGUUUUGAUGAUGGGAUUAAAUUGGACAGAGAGGGCUGGUUUUCCGUUACUCCGGAGAAGAUAGCUGAACACAUUGCUGGCCGAGUCAGUGAGUCCUUCAAAUGUGACGUUGUAGUAGACGCAUUCUGUGGAGUUGGAGGAAAUACCAUUCAGUUUGCCUUAACAAAAAAGAAAGUGAUCGCCAUUGAUAUUGAUCCUGUGAAGAUUGAUCUUGCUCGCAACAAUGCAGAAGUGUAUGGGGUAGCAGAUAACAUAGAGUUUAUCUGUGGAGAUUUCCUGCUGCUUGCUUCUCAUCUAAAGGCAGAUGUUGUAUUCCUCAGCCCUCCUUGGGGAGGACCAGACUAUGCCACUGCAGAGACCUUUGAUAUUAGGACGAUGAUGUCUCCUGAUGGCUUUGAAAUUUUCAGACUUUCCCAGAAGAUCACUAAUAAUAUUGUUUACUUUCUUCCGAGAAAUGCUGAUAUUGACCAGGUGGCUUCCUUAGCUGGACCUGGAGGGGAGGUAGAAAUAGAGCAAAAUUUUCUUAACAAUAAAUUGAAGACAAUCACUGCUUAUUUUGGUGACCUGAUCCGAAGAUCAGCCUCUGAAACAUAGUUGAAGUGGCAUGAGGAGAAAAGAUCGCAUAGUGGUCAGAGCAUCCCUCAGACACAAACACCUGGAAUUUCUUCCUGUUCACUGAUGUUUUGGACCCAGUAGUCUUAUAUCAGCAUGUGAGAUGGAGCUUGUCACUAUAUUAUAUUAAUGAAUAUUAUAUUAAUGAAUUAUUAUAUUAAUGUCACUAUAAUAUAUUAAUGAAUAUUAAUAAAGUACUUUGAGAUCCUUGGGUAAUAUUUACCAUGUACAUCUUAAGUUUGGAUAUAAGGAUCUUGUAUGAAGAGGGCAGGCUUGCCCCUGCACUUUAUGUUAGGGUGCGUGUGUGUUUAUGUUUAAUUUUCUUUGUUUGGGUUUAGCAUCUUUUUUUUAUGUUCAUAUAUUGUGUUUUUUUUAAUAUGUUAUCGUUUUUGUUAAGAGCCGACAAGUCGAUUUCAACUCAUAGUGACCCCAUAUGAUAGAGUAGAACUACCCCAUAGGGUUUUCUAGGUUGUAAUUAUGGGAGCAGAUCACCAGGUCUUUCUCCUGUGGGGCUGCCAGUGUUCCGGUUAGCAGCGAGAGCUUAACCAUUGCACCAACAGGGCUUCUUUUUUAACAUAGAAUCUAUCUUAAAAUAGCUAAGUUUGUUAGUUCCUUUGGAGAACAGAAAAGAAUUGCAGUAUACCCUAGUAUACCAUUUUUUCUCUUGAUGCACUGUUCUAUGCCCCCUCCCAUUUUUUUUUUUUUUUAAGUGAUACAGCUUAGUACAUACAGAUAUACUUCAUUCUUUUUUUUCCACAAUCGUCUUGUAUUUCUAUUUUAUGGCCAUGCCGUAAUAAAUUUAACCAGUUCCCAAUUAAUGGACACUUGGGCUGUUUUCGGUUUAUUGUUAUUACCAAGUAUUUUGCAUUCCCCAUAAGUAGAAUAUAUGCUUUUGAACAAAUAUACACAUAGGACAGAUUUUUAGCAGUCAGAUUGCUGGAGUUUGUACAUUUUAAUUUUGGUAGAUUAUGCCAAAUUGCCUUUCAAUAAAGUUGGACCCAUGUGUACUCCCACCAGCAGUGACUGAAGUAUGGAUUUCCCUUCACCCUCACCAGCCAGCCUCGAGCUUCAUCAGGCAUUUUAAUUUUUGCUGUCUCUUGGGUGAAGAAAAUUUUGUCUUAUUGGUUGUAUGUGUUUUCUUAAUUAUGAAUGAGAUUUGAGUAUAUAUUCAUAUAUUUGGACUUUUUAAUAGUUUUCAUCCUUUGAACUGCCUAUUCCCGUCUUUUACCAAUUUUUCUUUUGAACUAUUAUCUUUUUCUAUUAAUGUGUAUGAGUUCUUUGUAAAUUAGAGAAUUCUCUCUUAAUUUUGUGGUUUUUGUUUUUUGCCAUACACAAGUUUUAAAUUUUUAUAUAAUCGGUCAUUUUUUUUCUUGCUUCUGGGUCGUAUGUCCUUUAAAGCAAUCUUUUCAAUUCCCAGAGUAUAAAUUUCUUCAGGCUUUUUUCUAGAAAUGUCUUCAUUAUACGUCUUGUCUCCAUCUGGAAUUUGCUUUUCAAUAUCCUUUUAUUUUGUAGUGUUUUUACAUUCAUUGUCUGUUGAAAAAACAAUAUGAAAUAUAUUUUGUAAUAUGGGAGCUUGUAUUUUUUCUAUUAAAAUGACAAAAAAAAAAA